CUUCUUCCCAUCAUUGGAUGCCACUUCAAGGCACCAUCAACCUCCUUCAGGAAAUUGUUUUCCAUUUAGUUUACAGUAAAAAUUAAGAACACUUCCUCUGGGCUCAGCAUGUCUAGAAACUAAGUGUUUUGAAGGGGCUGGAGUUACAGUUUAGCUGAAAUCUUGUUUGAAGAUAUUUGCUACAUGCUAGCCAAGUUUAUAGCUAGCAUAGCAAACCAUCCAAUUCCAAUGGCAAGCAAAACCACUAGUCUUUCAUGGCUUCUCCUUCUCAGCCUCGCCGCCUCUACUCUGCUUAUUGGUCACUCAGCUUCUCAGAAUGAGCGAAAGGCUUAUAUUGUGUAUAUGGGCAACAGGAGGGACGAGAUUUCCACAUCAUCCCUUUACUCAAACAUGCUACAAGAAGUCAUUGGCAGUCAUAUUGGACCAGAAUCUUUACUCUAUAGCUACAAGAGGAGUUUCCAUGGAUUUGUAGUGGAGCUAACUGAGCAAGAAGCCCAGAAAAUGGCAGCAAUGGAUGGCGUAGUGUCAGUGUUCCCUAACAAACAAAAUGAGCUACAUACAACAAGAUCAUGGGACUUCAUUGGCUUCCCAAAGCAAGUGGAUAGAAGAACAAUCGAAAGCAACAUCAUUAUCGGUGUUCUGGACUCAGGAAUUUGGCCAGAGGCUGAUAGCUUUAGUGACAAAGGAUUUGGUCCACCACCUCGCAAAUGGAAGGGCAGCUGUAAAGGCUUAACCAAUUUUACUUGCAACAAUAAAAUCAUUGGAGCAAAAUAUUACCGAAGCGAUGGAAAAUUUGAAGAAGGAGAUAUUAAAUCUCCAAGAGAUUCGGAGGGCCAUGGGACACAUGUUGCAUCAACAGCAGCUGGGAACAUAGUUAGCAAGGCAAGCCUAGAAGGGUUUAGGUUGGGAACAGCACGAGGAGGUGUUCCAUCAGCACGAAUUGCCAUGUACAAAGUGUGUUGGUUGAAUGGGUGUUUUGAUGCUGACAUUCUUGCAGCAUUUGAUGAUGCCAUUGCUGAUGGGGUUGACAUUAUAUCUAUUUCCAUUGGAGGAUAUCCUAAGAACUAUUUCACAGAUCCAAUUGCCAUUGGAGCCUUUCAUGCUAUGAGAAAUGGAAUAUUGACAUCAACUUCUGCUGGUAACUCGGGUCCUGGUCCAGCAACCAUCUUAAACUUCUCCCCAUGGUCUCUUUCUGUAGCUGCAAGCACCAUUGAUCGAAAGUUCUCCACUGAGGUCCGAUUAGGCAACAACAAGAUCUAUGAGGGAACUUCGGUUAAUACAUUUAAUCUCAAGAAUGAUAUGUAUCCAAUAAUUUAUAGUGGGGAUGCACCAAACACCACAUCAGAGUUCAACUCCAGGUAUUGCCAGAAAUAUUCACUGGACCAAAAUUUGGUGAAAGGUAAAAUUGUACUUUGCGAUGCCCUUAGUGAUGGGUCUGGGCCAUUCUUAGCCGGUGCAGUUGGUGCUGUGAUGCAAGGCCGAAACCCCAAUUCUCAAACCAUGGCUUUUCCCUUACCUGCAUCUUACCUUAGCUUUGAGAAUGGUGGCAAGAUUCGCAUGUACCUAAAUUCGACAAGGAGCCCAACUGCGACUAUUCUUAGGAGUAACGAAAGUAAAGAUACAUUGGCCCCUUACAUAGCCCCCUUCUCAUCAAGAGGCCCAAAUCCAGCUGCACACAACAUUCUCAAGCCGGAUUUAGCUGCUCCUGGAGUUAACAUUCUAGCUGCAUGGUCUCCAAUUUCCCCAAUUUCCGGUGUUGAAUCUGAUAAGAGAUCAAACUCAUAUAAUAUAAUCUCAGGGACAUCAAUGGCUUGCCCACAUGCUACAGCAGUAGCUGCCUACAUCAAAUCAUUUCACCCCACAUGGUCACCAGCCUCUAUUAGAUCUGCUCUUAUGACUACUGCUGAUCCCAUGAGUGCUGAAAAGAACCCCGAUGCUGAAUUUGCAUAUGGUGCAGGCAAUAUUAAUCCUCUUAAGGCUCCAAAUCCUGGCUUAAUAUAUGAUAUUGAUGCACUUGACUACAUAAAAUUUUUGUGUGCUCAAGGUUAUAAUACCAAGUUAUUACAACAUGUUACUGGAGACAAAAGUAGCUGUUCUAAAGAAACUGAUGAAAAAAGUUUGGAUUUAAACUAUCCUUCUUUUGCUCUAUCCACACCACUCUCGAAUUCAAUAAGUCACGUUUUCAAUCGGACCGUCACCAAUGUUGGAUCAUCAACAUCUACGUAUAAAGCUAUCGUGACCUCCCCACAUGGACUUAGUAUCAAAGUGAACCCUAGUAUUCUAUCAUUCACAUCUCUCAAACAAAAGCUAUCGUUUGCGCUCACAAUUGAAGGAACAAUAGAAAAACAAAUAGUCUCUGCUUCUUUAAUAUGGGAUGAUGGUACAUUCCAAGUGAGGAGCCCCAUUGUCGUGUAUGGAGACUUUUGAAAUUGAAGUUCUAUUUAGCAUGUAUUAGCUAUAUAAAUAAAUCAAAAGCUUUGAAGUGAUUUUCGCAAAAGAAUGGGAUGAAAGGCAGUUGUGAAAUAUGGAGACAAAAUUGUUGUAAUCUGAACCUUUGAUCUAGUUCUACAAUGAAUUGUAAUAUCAUGGUUAAAGAUUCUGUCUUUCUAAUUAAAUGGACUAUUCUACUUUAAUUUUGAGAAA